AUGUCUCUGGUGGUCUCCCCACAUUUGACUACCUUAAACUAUACUAGUGUUAGCCACACAGUCUUCCACUUGCUGGGCAUCCCUGGCCUUGAGGACCAGCACAUGUGGAUUUCCAUCCCCUUCUUCAUUUCCUAUGUCAUGACCCUGUUUGGGAACAGUUUGCUCAUCUUCAUCAUCCUCACAAAGAGCAGCCUCCAUGAAGCCAUGUACCUCUUCCUCUGCAUGCUGGCUGGAACAGACAUUGUCCUCUCCACAUGUACAGUACCUCAGGCCUUGGGCAUCUUCUGGUUCCAUGCUGAGGAGAUCUCGCUGGAUCGCUGCAUCACUCAGGUAUUCUUCCUCACUUCCACCUUCAUGACUGAGUCAGGGAUCUUGCUGGUGAUGGCAUUUGACCGCUACAUUGCCAUAUGCUACCCACUCAGAUACACAGCUAUUCUUACACAUGCACUGAUUGGGAAAAUUGGUGUGACAAUCUUUCUGAGAAGUUUUGGUACAGUAUUCCCCAUAAUAUUUCUCCUGAAAAGGCUGACUUUUUGCAGAAGUAAUAUUCUUCCACACACUGUUUGUGAGCACAUUGGGUUGGCUAAAUUUUCUUGUGAUGACAUACGAAUAAACAUCUGGUAUGGAUUUUUUCUCCUACUGUCAACAAUUGCUUUAGAUGUCUGUCUAAUUUGUGUUUCAUAUAUCCUUAUUCUACGUGCUGUCUUUCGCAUCCCUUCCCGAGAUGCUCGCUCCAAAGCUCUCAACACAUGUGGUUCCCAUGUCUGCAUCAUCAUCCUCUUUUAUGGACCUGGGAUCUUCUCAGUCCUCACUCAGCGGUUCGGACACCACAUUUCACCCUCUGUCCAUAUCCUGCUGGCCCAUAUCUGCAUUAUGAUACCUCCUAUGCUGAAUCCCAUCAUUUAUGGAAUCAAGACCAAAGAGAUCCGGGGCCAGAUGAUUCAUAUCUUGUUUUCAAAACAGAUAUGA